AUGAAAGAUGAAAUGAAUAUUAGUAACGUAUCCUUUUCUAUUCCCGAAACUGCUCAAGGUACACUAGAAAACCAAACCUUUAGAGAAACCAAAACAGUUAAACUUCCUAAAUUAAUAAUCAGUAAAUAUUAUGGUGAUCCUGCUUUUUGGUUAGAAUUUUAUAACCAGUUUGAAAGCGCUAUCCACAAUAACAGUAAUCUUUCAAAGAUAGAUAAAUUUAAUUAUUUAAGGUCAUAUUUAGGGGGUACGGCAUCUACUUGUAUAAGUGGUUUUGCGUUAACAGAAGAAAAUUAUGAUGCUGCUUUGGAUAUAUUAAAAGGUAGAUUUGGUAAUAAGAAUACUCUUAUACAGACACAUCUGAAUGAGUUACUUAAAAUUCCUAUUAUUAAAAGUAUAAAUGAUUUGGAUGGAUUGAGAAGGUUGUUUGACAAAGCUGAUACUCAAAUUAGAAGUUUAGAGUCGUUAGGAGUUGAAACAAAAAUCUUUCAGCACUUUAUUGAUUCCCAUUUUGUUAGAAAGAAUUCCAAAGGAACUUGUUUUAGAAUUCAAUAG